AUGGCGACGGCUUCAGCCACAUUCAAGUCGCGCGAGGAUCACAGGAAGCAGCAGGAGCUGGAGGAGGCGCGUAAGGCGGGGUUGGCGCCAGCAGAGGUGGACGAGGAUGGCAAAGAAAUCAACCCGCAUAUCCCGCAGUACAUGUCGUCCGCGCCCUGGUACCUCAACGCCGAACGACCCAGUUUGAAGCAUCAACGGAACUGGAAGGGCGAGGGGAACUACGCCAACCAGUGGUACGACCGAGGGGCCAAGGGCUUUCAAGCUGAGAAGUACCGCAAGGGCGCCUGCACCAACUGUGGCGCCAUGACGCACACUGCAAAGUUGUGCGUGGAGCGCCCAAGGAAGGUGGGAGCCAAGUGGACGAGCCAGAGCAUUGCAGCUGACGAGAAGAUCCAAUCGAUUGAGCUCAACUACGAGGGCAAGCGCGACCGGUGGAACGGGUUUGAUGCCGCAACGUACAAGCGAACCAUGGACGCAUAUGACAUCCGGGCAGAAGCGAGGAAAAAGUACCAGAAGGAGCAGCAGCUGAAGAAGCUAGCUGGGAAGGCUGGGGAUGGGGAGGGUGGGAAGGAGGGAGGGAAGGAGGGAGAGGGAGGGGAGGGGGGAGUGGAGGAAGAGGAGGAGGAGGAGGAUGAUGCGAAGGUGGACGAGAGCAGGCAGAUGGACUUUGGGAAGGUGGAGAAGCGUGUGAGGACGACUGGCGGUGGCAGCACAGGUUCAGUGCGAAACCUGCGUAUUCGCGAAGAUACGGCGAAAUACCUCCUGAACUUAGAUGUGGAUUCAGCCUACUACGACCCGAAGACCCGGUCCAUGCGUGAAGAUCCGAACCCAGAAGGAGACGCUAAGGACAAGUUCUAUCUUGGAGACAACCACAACCGCAUCAGCGGGCAGGCGCUGGAAUUCCGGCAGCUGACGGUGCACGCGUGGGAGGCCAUGGAGAAGCGCAACGUGGACGUUCACCUGCAGGGCGCGCCCAGCCAGGCAGAGCUGCUGCACCGCGAGUUCAAGGUCAAGAAGGAGAGGCUCAAGGGCGCGAGUAAGGAGUCGGUUCUGGCGAAAUACGGGAACGCGGCGAGUAAUAAGAAGGGAGAGGAAGAGGAGGGCAUUCCGGAGGAGCUUUUGCUGGGGCAGACGGAGGUGCAAGUGGAGUAUGACCGGGCGGGGCGACCACUCAGAGGAAUGGACAAGGCAGUGCCGUGCAGCCGAUACGAGGAAGACGUGUUGGUUAACAAUCAUACAGCGGUGUGGGGCAGCUGGUGGAAUGGGGGCGUGUGGGGCUAUGCCUGCUGCCACCAGACCACUCGCAUGAGCUACUGCACGGGUGCCAGCGGCAUUGCCGCUGCUGAAGCGUCGGCGAAUCUGAUGCAGGCUAAUAUGGAGAGGAAGGAGCAGAUGAAGGCAGAGAAAGAAGAAGCAGGUGGUGAGGAGGAGGAGGCGGAAGCGGGCAAGGGGAAGCACACAGAGGAGAAGAAACCAGUGGCGUGGGGCACAGACGCGGAUAUGGAUUUGAAGCUGGACAAGAAGAAAUUGAAGGCGGCACUUAAGAGGGAGGAUGAGCUUGCUCGGGAGGAGAAGGACGAGCGCAAGCGCAAGUACAAUGUCACGUAUUCCGACGAUGUGACGGAGGAGGACAUGGAGGCGUAUAGAAUGAAGCGAAUCCACGCCGAUGAUCCCAUGCUUGCUUUCCUAGGCAAGGAUGACGAAGAUGAUGCCUAG